ACCCAGUGGGAUAGUUUUUUAUUUUAUUUUACUAGGCAAGUCGGUUAAGAACAAGUUCUUAUUUUCAAUGACGGCCUAGGAACAGUGGGUUAACUGCCUGUUCAGGGGCAGAACGACAGAUUUUGUACCUUGUCAGCUCGGGGAUUUGAACUUGUAACCUUUCGGUUACUUGUCCAAUGCUCUAACCACGAGGCUACCCUGCCGCCCCAUUAGUGAAUAAUACCAACCCCACUUUUAUUUUGGCACCAAGAAUAGUUUAUAAGCCUAUAUGUAAUUGAUAUGCCUAUAGUGUUUUACGUGGGGUACUUUUAUUUAGGAAAUGCCGUGACCCGGAACUACUUUUUUUUGUGCUGCUGACGAGACUCAGACAGCUAGCUCCUGGUUCCACGUGCAGCAGAAUUUUGUAAUCGCAUUGUCAGACCUAUAGCACUGCAAUGAAGCGUCCAGGGUUAAAGAAAGCAAGUAAACGCGUGUCUUGCUCCAAACGUUACAAAAUACAGAAAAAGGUCCGAGAACACAACAAAAAACUAAGAAAAGAUGCAAAAAAGAAAGGAGUUGGCAAAAAAGUGAAAAAGGAUAUUGGAGUUCCCAACAAAGCACCAUUCAAAGAGGAUAUUCUGAGGGAAGCAGAACAGAGGAGGUCAAAGCUUGAAGAAGAAAAGGAGAAAAAGAAGCUUGCCAAGCAACAAGAACGGGCUCAGAAGAGGAAGAAGGAAAACUCUGCCAGCAGGGAUGCAGACCCUAAAGCAAAGAAAGCUAGAAAGGAGUUACCGUCACAGGAGGUCCUUGUGAAACAGAUGGUGAAACAAAGUGACCCAAGGAAUUCGAAGAAGCACCUUUGUUCAGAAUUAAACAAGGUGAUCGAUGCCUCUGACAUCAUUGUUGAAAUCCUAGAUGCAAGAGAUCCUCUUGGCUGCAGAUGCCCACAGCUAGAGGAAGCUGUGCUGAAGGGGGAAGGAAACAAGAAACUACUAUUCCUGUUGAACAAAAUAGAUCUUGUCCCUAAAGAGAAUGUGGAGAAGUGGCUACAGUGUCUUCAGCUUGAGUUCCCUGCUGUGGCGUUCAAGGCAUCCACACAACAACAGGACAAAACAGUGCAAGAGAAGAAGGCCAGGUUUGCAACUCUUAACGGAGUAGUAGACCAGACCAAAGGAGUGGCCUGUUAUGGCAGCAGCAUUCUUCUCCAGCUCCUGGGGGACUAUGCAAAUGCAACAGGGAGAGGGGGCUCACUAAAAGUGGGCUUAGUCGGGUUCCCAAAUGUGGGUAAGAGCAGUCUGAUCAACAGCCUGAAGGGGAUGAGGGCCUGUAAUGCAGGAGUCCAGAGAGGGAUCACCAGGUGCUUCCAAGACGUCCACAUAUCUAAGAAUGUCAAAAUGAUUGACAGCCCAGGGAUAGUGGCAGCCCAGUCUAACCCAAAAGCUGCCAUGGCGCUGAGGAGUCUCCAGGUGGAGGAUAAGCAGGAGACUGUUCUAGAGGCCGUCAGGACCCUGCUCAAACAGUGCAACAAGCAACAGGUAAUGCUUCAGUACAAUGUUCCAGACUUUAGAAACUCCCUGGAGUUUUUAUCCUUUUUUGCCAAGAAGCGUGGAUUUUUACAGAAGGGUGGAGUCCCCAACACAGAACUGGCUGCCUCUACCUUCCUCGAUGAUUGGACAGGUGCAAAGCUGAGUUACCACUGCAAAGCCCCUGAGAAGCCACGCCUUCCCUCAUACCUCUCUGAAGACAUUGUAAGAGAGAUGCAGAAGGGGUGGGACUUGGACAAGUUGCGGAAAGGCAACGAGGAGACUCUAAGAAGUGUAAAGUUCCCAAACCAGGCCAGCAGCAUUGUCCUCCUGUCUAAAGGCCCUACCGCCGGAGUGCUGAGUGACGCUGUUGAGGACAAACCUCCAGAGCCCACUGAGGAAGAUAUGGAGGGUAGCUGUGAAAAUAAAGAGGCUGGUGGGGUUAAAGAGGUGUCUGAGGAAGUGACUGCGGAAACAGAUGAACCACAAAUAAAGACACCAGUCACAAACAAACAAGCCAAGGUGAGGUUACAGAUUCCUGUCCCAGUCAACAUUGACCUCUCCUCAGUCCACACAGAUGACACCUAUGACUUCAACACAGAUUUUAAAUGAACAUCUGUCCUUUUUGUUUCUCAAGUCUUUUGUCACGUCUAAACUGUACUGGCACCAUCUGUUCUGUAGACCUGUGUGAUGGAAAAUCUUAUUUUAGUGGCUUAAAUAAUCCUUGGUUCUUGGUAAAGAUAUGAGGGGGAGGUGACAUUACACUCUCCUACGGACCAUCUGGCAGAACACCCAGAAUAUGUUCAUUGGGUUGGUUCCGGCAACGUGUCGGUAACCAGUAUGAGCUCUUAACAGGACUGCCCUGAGUUCCUGACAGACGUGUACGAUGAUGCAUCAAGUAUGCUAGAACCUCUCCACUUUAUUAAUAACAGUGAAGAUUGACUUAUUUGUCCCUGUGUAGAAUUUCCAUGACAGGCUAUUAGAAUCAAGUGACUGUUUAAGGCCUCUGUGCAUGUAACCUGUAUAAUGAGUUGGUAAAUGUUUUGCCUUUUGAGUACAGGACCAUGUGAAUUUUGUAUAUAGCCUCAAAACAAAUAAAUUGAUCCAUAAUUUCAA